AUGGACGACGAGUGCAUAAAUCAUAAUUGCAAAUCCGGUCCCAAUAGGAAGCUGUUCGUCGCGCCGAAGGAUGUGUGCAGUUAUUACGCCGUCAAGUACGGGCCGAAUCGCAAGGUUUGUAAGCCCUGUUUGGUGAAGAGUUACCGAUAUUUCGACAGUGUCUGCAGGCGAUUUAGAAACCAAGAAUGUGUGCUCGACGACGAACAUCCGGGAAAACGUAGAACUAUUAUCGAGUUGUCUGACUCCGACGACGACGACGAUGCUGCUACAGAGCCGUCGACAGAAGACCCUAAAUUGUCUACAGCGGUGAAACGAAUCUUAAAGGAUACCGUGGGACCGUUGGUGGCCAAACAAGACGAACUGUGCGACAACUAUUUGAUCGCCAAAAAAGCCAAACUGGAAAAACGAAAUGAAAUAGUAAACGAUUUGGUGCGGCAGGCAGAAGACGGAAUCUCGGAACUAUACAAAAUGUUGUACAAGCAUGAUGGUCAGAGGAAGUUUGAGUUCGACGAAGAGCUGAGUAUCAUGGACGAAGUCUGCUCCCAGUGUGAACUCUGGAACCAGGACGUAGCCUUUAUAACGUCUAAACAGUUGCCUGGAUUUCCGGAUGAUUUGCCCACAAGAGUCAAACUGAUAAGACCCUCAUUGAGACAGGGCGACAAAGUGUAUGGAAUGAAACAGUCGCUACUGCAUCCGUGGGCGGAGGCGACUGUUAAGUUAGCGGUCAGUGAAACCGAUAGAUAUUUUCAUAUCGUAUUCGACGACGGACAAGAAACAGUUUUGAAUUAUAAACAUUUGGCGUACAUAAAUACCUCAAGCAAGGCACAGCAUCCAAUAGGCAGUAGAGUGAUCGCCAAAUUCCAAGAUACGAACAUUCAACUGACUGAUAAAUUCUAUGCAGGAAUUAUAGCAGAACCACCAAAAUACCUCAACAAUUUCAGGUAUCUUAUAUUCUUUGAUGAUGGAUAUACACAGUAUGUAUACCAUAAGAAUAUUCGCCUUGUGUGUGGUCAGUCACGAUAUGUGGAGAACGAUGUACACGAAAAUGUUCGUGAAUUCAUCCGGGUUUAUUUAAAAAAAUUUCCAGAACGGCCUAUGGUAAAGUUUAGUAAAAAACAAAUUGUUCGCGCAGAACUAAACAACAUAUGGGGUUCAGCCAAAGUGAAAAAUAUAGAUGCAUCAUUAGUACAGUUAAAAUUCCUUGAUACCAAGAACGGACACACAGAGUGGAUGUAUCGUGGCUCAAAUAGGUUGGGCCCAAUAUUCAAUCAAUUAAGUAGUAGCAAACAAAAUAAGCCUGCACGUGGUUUGACUGAUGUUAAUAAGUUAUUAAAUCGGCCAUAUAUUGAACUAGAAAACCUGACUGGAAAUGAUAAAACUAUUAAUAUUGCUGACAGUGACAACACUCGAAACACUCAAGAAAAUAGUGGUGUAAUUAAAUCAAUUGAAAUACCGGCAAACUGUCCAAAACCUCUUCCUUACACUGCCCAUCAAUGUUCUAAUUUGUGUAGGAUAAGUGUUCAAUAUGACGACAGUCAAGCAAAAGAUGUGAAUGUUUUAAGCUUUCCAUUAUAUAUUGGAUUUAUGAGGUCUAUAAUAACAGAUGAAAAACUAAAAUUAAAAAAAGUAAUAUAUACCACUCCUUGCGGGCGUAGUAUAGAUAAUGAAGGCAGAAUGUACGAGUACUUGAAAGUGACAGGGUAUGAUACUUACCAAAUUACUAUAGAUGUAUUUAAUUUUGAUUGUACGGUGGAUCCGCUGUCUAAGUUUAUCGUACCAAAAGUGUUUAUUCGCAUACCCGACAUAUCAUACGAGAUGGAGCCUAGACCGAUAAGCGUUGUAAACAGUUUGAAUGACUCGGUACCAAAACACAUUAAGUAUAUAAAAGAUCGCAAAACUACCCCCGGCAUUAAUUUGAAUAUAGACUCAAAAUUUUUAUGUGGAUGCAAUUGUAUUGACAAUUGCGAAGACAAAGAAAAAUGUUCCUGUUGGCAACUUACCAACGAAGGUCCAAAAAAUUAUCCCAAUUACUUCAAAGACCAUGAUGACAUUGGCUACAGUUUCAAACGGCUACACAAACGAGUAAUCACUGGUAUUUAUGAAUGUAAUUCCAGCUGUAAAUGUGAUAAAACUUGUUUAAAUCGAGUUGUUCAAGAACCACUGAAGACAUCACUGCAAGUGUUUUUAACUGAAAAUAAAGGAUGGGGGGUGAGAACGCUUGCUGAUAUUCCCAAAGGAAGUUUUGUCUGUACAUAUCUGGGAGUGGUUCGCACAAACGAUGAUACCGAAAAUGAUUUAAAAAAUGAUUGUUCAAACUGGGGCGAGUUUAUGGCAGAAUUGGAUUUUAUAGAGGCAGUUGAAGAGGCCAAAGAUGGAUAUGAAAGUUAUGUGGUCGACCCUGAAGAGGAAAGUGAACAUGAUACUAGUUCAUCUGAUUAUGAAGAUUUCUCUCCUUCUUCAUCCGAUGAUUCAUCUGAUGAUCCUAAUUUUGAAAUCCGUAGUAAAAUUAAUAAAAUGUUUGUAUCUAAAAUGUCGUUAAGGAAUUUACAAGAUACACAUACAAAAAUUGAUGGUGAACAUGAGCUGUCCAAGUUAAAUACUCAACAAAGUGAUCAAAGUGAAAGCAAAUCUUUGCGAAGAUUUGUAGACAAAGAAUGUGAAGCCUACACAUUGGAUUCCAAAGUCUGUGGGAACGUAGGUCGCUAUUUUAAUCAUUCCUGUGACCCUAACAUAUUUAUUCAAAAUGUUUUUGUUGAUACACAUGACCUCAGAUUUCCAUGGGUGGCGUACUUUGCAUUAUCAAAUAUUUCAGCAGGAACCGAACUAGCAUGGGAUUAUAAUUAUACCGUAGGAUGCGUGAAAGACAAAAAAAUUCAGUGCUAUUGCGGAGCAAGAAAUUGCAAAGGCAGACUUUUGUAA